AUGGGAACAGAGAGGCCUCAAACUCAGCUCACAUCAACACAGCCAAGUCACAGGCUGCAUGGUGAGCCGCACAUAAAACAGACUAAUGAGGAAGAUGGCUAUGAUUGCUCUGGUCAUGGUUUACUCAGCAUACCCGAUGACCUUCCUAACUCCACCAAGACUUUGGAUUUCAGCUUUAACCAUCUUCCAGCCAUUUACAACACCACCUUUGUUAGGCUAAAGGACCUAAUCUUAUUGGAUCUAACCAGAUGCAACAUAAACUGGAUAUUCGAGAAUGUGUUGGACCACCAAACAGACCUAGAAACUCUUAUCUUAAUAGGUAACCAGUUACAGUUUGUGGCGGAUUAUGCUUUUGCAGGACCUCAGUCCCUGAAACAUAUUAGUUUAAUUCAGACGUCAUUGACGGACAUGAAAUUCCUCCCUCGCAUGAAUCUCAAUUCUAUAGAGACACUGGACCUUGGUGACAAUGAUAUCGACUCCUUACUUGACUUAAACCUGUUCAACUGGCAAACAAUUAGGACACUAAACCUUGCAAUGAAUUCCAUCCAGAAUUUAUCAGCUGCCGAUAUGGGCAUACUAAAAACUAGCAGUCUGCUUGACAUCAGCUUUAAAGGCAACAACAUAGUCUUUAUUGAACCAAAGGCAUUUGAAUCCUGUCAAUUCAACAGCCUGGAUUUCAGUGACUGUUUCAGCAAAGGGGAUAUUUCUGUAAUCUUAGAUGGACUGACAGGAGUUCUGACCAACAUUCUCUCCUUAAGGGCUUAUGAGGACAGCCCAUCUGCAAUCAUACGUGCUGAAUCCCUUCAUGCUUUCUGUAACAUUACUGUGAAAGAACUGAGAUUCCAACUACAGCACUUCCAUGAUCUGACCGAUGACACCCCAUUUGAGUGCCUAAAGGGCCUUCAGAAGCUGGACCUCACCAGGUCUCAUCUUAACUCGCUGCCAGCCUCCAUUGCCAAGAUGACAUCUCUUACCCACCUCAUCCUGAACGAGAAUAGCUUCAAGGACCUUUGUCAGACCAACGCUGCUUCUCUGUCCAAGCUGACGGUCCUGUCUGUGAGAGGGAACCAGCUAAAACCCGGGAUGGACUUUAAAGAGAGCUGCCUGAGGAAUGCCACCAAGCUUAAGCAUUUGGAUCUGAGUCAGAGCAGGCUGCUAACAGGUGGUGUUCAGUGCUGCGAAGUCCAGCUAGCCGGUCUAGGUCAGCUCCGUAAGCUUAACAUCAGCUACAACUUUCCAGCGUCUUCCAUGAAGUGGGCUGACCUGCCAUUUAAUGCAACAUCGAAGUUGACACAAUUGGACUGCAGCAAUUUGAAAGUAACCCGCAUUCCCCAGGCUGCAGCAGAAGGUCCUCUCCGUAACUUAGGUCAGCUGCAAUUAUUAAAUAUAUCAUGGGACUUCAGUACUCUUAGCACCCAGGAUAACCUUUUGGAAGGUCUGAAAAGCUUAGAGCAACUAAAUUUGAAGGACAGUUCAUUUAAAGACAAUGUUGUUUCUAACAGAGAGAUAUUCAUGCAUACUCCUCUUCUACAAAGCCUGGUCUUGGCUAAGUGCAGCAUUGUAGCUGUGGAAAAUAACGUAUUUUCCUACCUCACCAAUCUCAAGGAUGUAGAUCUUAGUGGUAAUAAACUAGUAGUAGUCAAUAUGAAGGCAUUUCACUCACUAAAUAUUGUCCUGCUCAAUUUUGCCCGAAAUCUCAUCGAAAUUGUUGACAUACACACUGUCAAAAGCUUUGGAGAAAAGAGCAGAAUUGAUAUUAGUGACAACCCUUUGGCAUGCAACUGCUCCAACAUUCAAUUAAUUGGUUGGAUACAGAGUAACGCCAAUAAAGUGAUUAACAUAGACAUGACAAAAUGCAUUGGUUUUAAUGAAAGGUUAUCCAAUGUGCAUUUGAAAUGUGGCGUUUCCACAGGCAUGUUAGCAUUUGCACUUGUCGUUAUGUCAAUGACAAUCAUAGCAAUUGCAUUUUUCAUCAAGAAAAAACUAAAAUACUGUGGAUAUCAACAGAUUGAUUUGAAUGUAGUCCCAUGUAGAUGGUUAAAUGAAUAA